GGAAAAAAGCCAGGCGUGCGUUUGGAGUUGACGUCACCGCAUGACAAGACAACCAGACAUGAGUUUGCAUGCUCAGCACCAGUAGAGAGAGCUGUGGGAAACGAGAUACAUUGUCCAUUUUGUGCACAUAGACGGAUAUAUACCAAAGCGACAGAGGAGAAAACAGGCAACACAACUGGACAUUGCGACCUCCCCAACCUGGCCUGGCCAUGGAUGAACAGGCAGGGCCCGGUGUGUUCUUCAACAAUAACAACAACUCGUUGUUAGCCAGCGGCGGAGGGAGAGCACCACAACCCGGCGACGGCGGGGGCGGAGAGGCGGCUAGGGCGCAGUACAGUAUCCCGGGGAUACUGCACUUUCUGCAGCACGAAUGGGCCCGGUUUGAGGUCGAAAGAGCGCAUUGGGAAGUGGAACGGGCAGAAUUACAGGCUCAGAUUGCCUUCCUGCAGGGGGAGAGGAAGGGGCAGGAGAACCUGAAGAAGGACCUGGUGAGGAGGAUCAAGAUGCUGGAGUACGCCCUCAAACAGGAGAGGGCGAAAUAUCAUAAACUCAAAUAUGGCACAGAGCUGAACCAGGGGGACAUGAAACCUCCCAGCUAUGACUCAGACGAGGGGAAUGACAGCGAGCUUCAGGAACCCCCAAAUAGCCAGCUGAGCUGGAAGCAGGGACGCCAGCUGCUGAGACAGUACCUGCAGGAGGUGGGCUACACGGACACCAUCUUGGAUGUGAAGUCCCAGCGGGUCAGAGCUCUGCUGGGUUUGACCAGUGACGCCGGGUUAGCCGAGAGGAGGGGCGAUCGCCGCGGCGACAGCAUGGUGAACGGCACUGAGCCCUCCUCCCCCAAGGAGGGUGCCGACACGGGGAAGCCGGAGCUAUCUGACUCUGCCACGGUGCUGGAGGCCUUUAAGUUCAUAGAGAGUGCAGCAGCCGAUUUCAGUGACGAAGACGAGGAUGACGACAGCGAAGGCAGAGAUAAAACCAUCAUGGACAUGGCCACGAUGGUGAGGAAGAAAGCCACAGCGUCUCCGUCUCCUUCCUCUUCCUCCCCGUCCCCGUCCUCGUCCACGGACCUGAGCGAUGACCUCGACACGGAGGAAGCCAUGAAGGGCUUCGACUUCCUGGCCGGCGCAGACGAGGCCGACGCAGCGACCGACUUCCCCAGCUCCAUGGAAGGGCCCGACUGGGAGAAGGAUGAGCAGAGCCCUGGGGAGGCGUGGGAGGUGGACCAGGGCCUGAUCACGCGGCUGAAGGAACAGUACAGGCAGGAGCGCAAGGGCAAGAAGGGGGUCAAGAGGCCUAACCGCUCCAAGCUGCAGGACAUGCUGGCUACCCUGCGGGAUGCUGAGGACCUGCCCUCCUUGCAGCCGCCCGUCAACCCCCCCGUCCGGCCCCCCAUCCCUCGCCUCAACGAGCACGAGCUGGGCCAGGCUGACGAAGUAGAGGCCAUGACUUUCCCGCCCUCCUCUGGGAAGUCGUUUAUUCUGGGCCCUGACGAGGAUCUGCAGAGCGAGCUGGGGCUGGGAGAACUGGCCGGCCUCACCGUGGCCAACGAGGCCGAGAGCCUGACCUAUGACCAGAUGUCCACCAGCCAGGACCUGCGUAAGACGUGGAACCCCAAGUUCACGCUGCGGAGCCACUUUGACUCGGUGCGGGCGCUGGCCUUCCACCCCACGGAGCCCGUGCUCGUCACCGCCUCAGAGGACCACACGCUCAAGAUGUGGAACCUGCAGAAGAUCGCCCCCACCAAGAAGUGCACUGCCCUUGACGUGGAGCCCAUCUACACUUUCAGAGCACACAGGGGGGCGGUUCUGUGUGUGGUGAUGAGUUCUAGUGGAGAUCAGUGCUUCAGUGGGGGAGUGGACGGAACCAUUCAGAGCUGGAACACACCCAACCCCAACAUCGACCCCUACGACUCUUAUGAUGCCUCUGUGUUGCGUGGUGCUCUGUGCGGACACACGGACUCGGUGUGGGGCGUGGCCUACAGCCCCGCCCAUCACCGGCUGCUCUCGUGCUCCGCCGACGGCACCGUGCGUCUCUGGGACGCCGCCAACCCCGCCCCCGCCCUCGCCGUCUUCAACCAGGACCUAGAGAUGGGCAUCCCCUCCUCGGUAGACCUGGUGUGUAGUGAACCGGCCCACAUGGUGGCGUCGUUUGACAGCAAUCAGAUCGGCAUCUUCAACUUGGAGACGCAGCAGCUCCUGCUCAAACUCGACACGGAGACGCCAGCGGAGAAAGAUAUCUCCUCACACAUAAACAAAGUGCUCAGUCACCCCACGCUGCCCAUCACCAUCACGGCACAGGAAGACCGACACAUCCGUUUCUACGACAACAACACAGGCAAGCUGAUCCACUCAAUGGUGGCCCACCUGGAUGCAGUCACCAGCCUGGCCGUGGACCCCAAUGGCCUGUACCUCAUGUCUGGCAGUCAUGACUGCUCGGUGCGUCUGUGGAGCAUGGAGAGCAAGACGUGCAUCCAGGAGUUCACCGCACACCGCAAGAAGUUCGAGGAGUCCAUCCACGCCGUGGCGUUCCACCCCACCAAGUGCUUCAUCGGCAGCGCUGGGGCCGACGCACUCGCCAAAGUCUUCGUAUGACCCCUCUAAACCCCCUCAAACACACACACAAACACCUCUGCCCCUCCACCCCUCUCAAACACACACACAAACACCACUGCCUCCAACCUCCUCGAACACACACACACACACACACACAAACACCUCUGCCCCCCCACCCCUCCAGCCUUUUACUACGAGCCGCCAUGGCAGACUGGCGAGGACUGAUAAGAGGGCGGUGGUGACAGCGGGCGAGCCGCCAUGUGAGACUGGCGGGGACAGAAGAGAUGGCGGUGGUGACGGCGGGCGGCUCCAGGAAAGGGCAGGUUUGGGUUACAUGAGACAGACUGAAGGAGGAGCACCAGGGUUGUCUGGAACUGAGUGGGGAGUAGAGUGGGACGUGCAGCUGAAGAUACACACAUACACACACACACACAGAGACACUGGCAGUGUUGUCUUUUCACACUCCAUGUCCAUGUUUGAUCUGACACACACACACACACACACACACACACACACACACACACACAGAGAGAGAGAGAGAGAGAGACACACAGAGAGAGAGACACUGGCAGUGCUGCCUUUUCACACUCCAUGUCCAUGUUUGAUCUGACACACAGACACACACACACACACACACACACACACACACACACUUUAUCCAGGCAGGCCUGGUUGGCUCAGUGAAUUAUAAACUUCCUUCUCAAGUCAGCAGAGACCUUCCUCAGACUCACACACACCUGGACUCCGGGCCGUGCCGGUCAAUGUGUGUUACCAUCUCUCCUCUCUCUCUCUCUCUAUCUAUCUCUCCUCCCUCUAUCUCUCUGUCUUUCUCGCUUGCUACUUCACUGAAGGCUUUCUGGGGCAGAAGACAGGAUAAGCUGGAAAACAUGCAGACACCUCACACACACACACACACACACACACACACACACACACACACACACACACACAAUCGCAUCUCCCCGCUAUCUCUCCUUUAGCUGCCUCACGCCCCUUUCUCGACCUCCAACGGUGGUGGUCGAGGAAAUACUGGUGUCGUCUACAACUUCUUCACCUCACUAUGAAUCCCAGGUUUCCCACUUCCUGUUCGUUUGUUUGUUGCCUUGUUUGAGGGGUGAAGAUGCUAAAGCUUUCAUACCACCACCACCAUGGAACCUGGACCCCCCCCCUCAUCUCCAACCCCUUCCUACCUUACCUGAAUGGCCUGUUUAGCUGAGCUGUUUGGUGGUGGCAUGAGGUAUAUGUGUGAUGUCAUGGGGUAUAUGGGGUAUAUGUGUGAUGUCAUGGGGUAUAUGUGUGAUGUCAUGGGGUAUAUGUGUGAUGUGUCAUGACUUAUGUGCCUUUGCAUCACAGCAGUGUCCAAUGGAACCGUUGGUGGGCUCUAAGAAAUGUCUUUUUUCCCCCCCCCUCAUUUCGAAAAAAGGCUUUUCCAAAUACUUAUAAUUUAAAUACGACGAUGAUGAUUGAUGAUGAAAACAUUGACUAUGACAUUGACAGCCAAACCUAUAAAUCUGCAAGCAAAUAUUUCCCAAAAACAUAAAACUUCUGUCUUAGCUACUCUGUUUCAUCUGCAGCCGGUUUUACACAUUAGCAUUUGAGUGUCAAGACACUGUUGAUGAGCAGCUACACGAAAGAUACAUGACCUUUUACAAAGCAGUUUGAGCAGUUGUCUCUUCGACGGUUGGUAACCGGUCAGAUACACUCUUGAUUUACCUCUACUACGCUAUUAGCAGCUCGUCAAAGCUCAUUGCUAGUUCAACACUUUGGUUUGGUUUGGAUGAACUGCCUUUAAAUGUUUUUUAGUUUGCUUGUUUGUUUGUUUGUUUCAGUGAUUCAGGAUGAGUUUUGUUUUCUAUUUUUAGUUUGAUGUUUAUUGCAUUUUGAAGGAUGCUUUCUGCACUUUGCGUUUCUAUAUGUGAGUCACUUCAGCCAAAAAAAAACACAUCAAGGCGUUUCAGAUAUCAGUCAACAGUAUCCACUCAAAGCGUUUAGCUGCUAAAUUAUUUAGAAUUGUCUAUGGUUCCUUGCUGACAGUACCGUCUCGUGUCUCUAGAAAAGGAAGGCUCCUGCGGGAUAAAAUGAUGUCGAGAUGACUUUGGGUCUUAACUCUUAAAAUCAGUUGUACUUAAAAGGUGCACUUGUAAGAACAAACGUGACCCCUUGCCUGAAAGGGACCUAUUAAUUAUAUGUUCUCUAUGUAAUAAUUAUUUUGAAAAGUAUAUAUUUUCUAACAACUAUGAUUACAAGCUUAAUGGUAUUUUUAUUUACGCAAAUGGGUUGUGAUUCUUUUCAUUUGUGUUGGUUUUGUUUCUGUGAUUUUACUUGAAAACUGGGUAUCACCCCUUUUGAAAGCCUACUCACUCCCAAGACGGAGUGCUGUCUUAUCAAGACUCGUCUUAUGGAAUGCCUUUAAGGGAAGUUAGGCCGAGUGAUCAAACGUGCAUAGCUUUCGUUUUAUUUCACGUUGUGUCUCAUUCUGUUUCUCGUAAUUUCGCCUGACAGCAAUUCAGAAGACGAAAUUUGGAUGUCAGACUUAUGAAGAACACAAUGUAUAAAGUUUCCAAUUACAGUUCUAUUUUUGUUUUGUCGUUGUUGUUUUUUUUUUCUACUCCAGGCUCUUAAAUAUGCUGAUUAAUCAGCAAGAAGAAAAAAUCCAUGGCUGUCUACCAAAUUCAGUGAUCUUGAAACGCGUAGUUUUGGAGCCUCUGUACACUACAGGUUCGGUGAAAAGUGAAAUAACUGAGUUUUUAAAAGUGUAUGCUUGUCAACACUACAAUAAGAAAUCAUUCUCAAGUGAUUUAUUUUAUUCGGUCGUGGUAGUAAUUUCUAGUAAAGAACGUGAGAUAGGGUAUCAGAUAGAAUAUGUAUAGUUCUACAGAAACAUCUAUUUAUAACUUCAGAAAACGAUGUACAUUGAAUCGUGACUUCAUAUAUUUUUAUUAUUAUUUGACGUGUGAUGGAGUCAGUUCAGUUCACUAUAAUGUGGCGCUUGUAGUGAUGAAAAGAUGCACGUUCCAGUGAGCUCUCAUUGCGAAUUAAAGCUUGGGAUGAUGCUUCCCUCUGCUGGUCAGAAAGGGGAAAACUGUGACAGGAGCAGCGAUAUGUUGCUCUGAUAUUGGAUAGGCUACACUUUAAUGUUACUGACCGAGGAAGCUUUGCUUAUACGUUACUGCGUAGACAGCGAUCGUAUCCUUUAAAAUGAAGAGAAUUAGAAAGAAAUAACCCGUCUUAUGAAUUCAGUGUGUUCACUGCUUAUGUAAGUUAUGGAGAGACGCAUGUAAAUGGUAAGCCUACUGACGAGCUAAGGUAAAAUUCCUGUUGACGGAGCGCAACUGAAGGUUGAGACUGACGUUUUUGACCCAUCGUUCACAAGAGCAAGGGAAGGUCUCUCUGAAGUGACUUUGGAGGUUCUGACUGGUGGUGUUGCAUGCAAGCACCACAUACGUAUAUGACCGGUUUGUGUACAGAUACAAGAACAAUUUAUCUAAUGAACCAGUUAAACCAUUAACAAACAUCUGGUGCAUGCCAGAUAUGCAUAUAAAGGGAAGGUCAGUAUGGUUUUUUUUUUUUUUUUUUUGUAAUUCAUGUUUGUGUAGAAAGUUCAGGGAGACCAUGUAAACUUGGGUUAAAAAAAAAAAAAAAAAGAAUUUUUGUGUAUAUAUUUUAUUGUAAUAAUAAUUGUUAUUAUAGUGUCUUUUUUUCAUGAUGUAUUAUGCUCUUUUUUCUGAGAUGGGAGAGUGACAUUUAUCGAUAACAACAAUAAAAGACUAUGUUGUAUUUCAA